AUGAAGAAGACCAACUGCAGAGCAGUUUGCCCAUCAAAGCGCUGGAGCCACACCAUGUGUCUGAGUGAUCCUGAGACGGCCAUUGUCAUUGGAGGAGAAGCUUCUGACCAGACUCACUGCGAGGACUCCCUAUGGAAACUGGAGAUAGACAAUGAUUUUUGGUUCCCAAUGAACUCCUCCACCUCUGGACCUGUCCCACCGUGUGCCCAUGGCCACUCUGCAACCUAUGACCCUGAUUCCAAGGUCGUCUACGUGUACGGUGGCCUGAGGGAGGGCCAGCGCUACAGCGACCUCUAUAUCCUCAACACUCUAACCUGGAAGUGGAAGCUUGUCACAGCAAGAGGUGAUAUCCCCAUGUUGGCCUACCACUCUGCAACUAUCUAUAAGAAAGAACUCUUUGUUUUUGGGGGGGUUCACCCAAGCCGCUGUCCUGGAGGCAAAGUCUGCAGUAAUGCUCUGUACAUUUUUAACCCAGAGUUUGAGCUCUGGUACCAACCCAUCGUCGAGGGGGACCGACCUCUACCUAGGUUUGGGCACACAACCACGCUUUUGUCCAACCAGUUGCUCAUUUUUGGUGGCAGGAAGACUGCAACCUACCUAAACGACCUCCACAUUUUGGAUCUUGGCUUCAUGGAGUACACAGCUGUGAAAUAUGAGAACAUGCCACCACUGCCUCGAGGAUAUCAUGCAGCACUGCCAGUAUCAGACAACAGGAUGCUGGUCAGUGGCGGUUGCAGUGCUGUUGGAGCCCUGCAGGAUGUUCAUAUCUUCAACACGGACACCAGUAUGUGGCAGUCAGUGGUCUCCCCUCUGCUCUGUGCCAGGCCUCGUGCCGGACACAGUGUGAUCAAUCUGGGAGGCUCUAUCAUCUCAGAUGCUGAUAAACAGAAGCAGGGGGAGUAUGCCAACAUCCACUGCACCCUCUUGGUGUUUGGGGGCUCUGACUGCGCUGGGACCUUCUACAAUAACACAAUGAAGUGCACAGUGGAGAUCCCUGUAGAAUAA